AUGGACUCUAUGAUAGUUCUUAUGAAGGAAUUAGUUGAUCCCAAUGUAGAGAUUCCUUAUUCUUAUUAUAAAGCAAAUGCAUUAGUGUCUAAGUUAGGACUUUCCUCGAUAAGAAUUGAUUGUUGUGAAAAAGGUUGCAUGUUAUACUAUAAGGAGGAUGUCAAUCUAGAGUUUUGUAAGUUUUGUAGUCACCCUCGCUAUAAGACUGGUUCUACCGGAAAAAAAUUUGCUAUUAAGGCGAUGCAUUAUUUACCUCUUAUAUCAAGAUUGAAGAGGUUGUAUGCAUCAAAUAGCUCUGCUCCUCAUAUUAGAUGGGACCGUGAAAAUAGAAGGCCACCUGGUGUCAUGUGUCAUCCAUCUGACGGAGAGACUUGGAAAUAUUUUGAUAGAACUUAUCCAGAUUUUGCCGCUGAACCAAGGAAUGUUAGGCUGGGUUUGUGUGCGGAUGGUUUCACCCCUUUUUCAGUUAGGGCUGCGCCAUAUUCUUGUUGGCCUGUGUUUAUUACACCGUAUAAUCUUCCACCUGAGGUGUGUAUGACAAGUCCAUAUAUAUUUCUAAAUUGUGUCAUUCCUGGACCGAGUAAUCCAAAAAGCGAGAUUGAUGUGUACUUACAACCUUUGAUUGAUGAGUUGAAAUUGUUGUGGUCUGAUGGGGUAGAAACAUGGGACAUUUCUCGUAAACAAAAUUUCAACAUGUGUGCUACUUUAAUGUGGACUAUUAAUGAUUUUCCUGCCUAUGGAAUGCUAUCUGGAUGGAUGACAGUUGGAAAGUUAGCAUGUCCCUACUGUAUGGAAGAUACUAAAUCAUUCACAGUAAAACAUGGCCGAAAAAAUUCACGACAUAAUCUUGGUGUCAUGCAUAUUGAAAAGAAUUAUUUUGAUAAUCUGUUCAACACUGUAAUGGAUGUAAUUGGCAAGACAAAAGAUAAUGUUAAGGCUAGACUUAACUUACCAGAACAUUAUAGACGAUCGGAGUUGCAUUUACAGGAGUCUGCCAACAACAAGUUACCUAAGCCCAAGGCUAGUUAUUCAUUCACAAUGGAACAAAAGAGAAGAAUUUGUGAGUGGGUGGAAAGCUUGAAAAUGCCAGAUGGAUAUGCCUCAAAUUUGGGAAAGAGGGUUGACAUUGAGCGUGGAAUAUUACAUAGGAUGAAAAGUCACGACUAUCAUGUUUUCAUGGAACAAUUACUUUCGAUUGCUUUUUGUGGAUUGCCUGAAAACAUAUGGAAAUCAAUGGCAGAGAUCAGUUUGUUCUUCAAAGACUUGUGUUCCAGCACAUUGAGAGUAGAGAAUGUGGUUCGGAUGGCCAAAAAUAUAGUUGUUAUUAGUAAUAAGUUGGAGAAGAUUCUUCCACCUGGGUUCUUUGAUGUGAUGGAACAUCUUCCUAUUCACCUUGUUCAGGAAGCUCUACUGGGAGGUCCAGUUCAAUAUAGGUGGAUGUAUCCUUUUGAGCGGGAUAAGUCUGAUUGGUGGGUUGUAAUCAAAACAAAACCAAUGGGGCGAGUGCAAGUUGAGAAUGAAUUGGAUGUUGCAAAUCAAAAUGAAAUAUCAAGUGUUCAUCAAGUAGUGGAUGCUGAGUUAGAAAUGAAUUUGGAGCAUCCUGAUCACAUUUUAGAAGAAGUUAAUAGAGAAGAGUUAGAUAUGCCAACAAAUAUGGAGGAGGAUGAGGAGGAAACUUUCGAAGAGGAUGAAUGGAUAGAUGAGGAGGAAACUUCCGAAGAUGAUGCAUGUGAAUGGAUAGAUGAUGAAGAAACUUCCGAAGAGGAUGAAUAA